CGCCGCCUCCGCCGGCCCUCGCCUCCCCGGGACGGAGCGGGGCUACCGCAGCCCUGGUCCCCCGGCUCGGACCCGCGGGGCCCUUUUCCAGGGCAGGCCCUGUCCCCGGCUUGCGCUGAGCGGACGCCCGAGACCGCUGGGCGACUCCCCGCGCGCGCUCCCGCUCCCGCUCCCCCGACCCGCCAUUUGCACGCACCCGCCCCACUUACCCAGGAGUUAAUUCGGCCUCAGCUCGGCUCCCCCCCACGUCACACCCCGCUCAGCCUGUGAACCAGGCACCACACAGCGGGGGCUCCCCUCGGUCUCUCCAGCUCUCUGAGGUGGUGCGCAAGAAGCACGUGGUGUCCUGCUUCCGAGAUGCCCUUGUGAGGCAUGCCUCCUUGGUCACACAGCUGUUGGUUCAGGACCAGAGAGUCUGCAUCCAUUUCAUAAGCAUGCUUUUUGGACUGUUAUGCAGCGUGGAAGAUGGGAGUGUAACAGACCUCUGUAUUGAAGUCCUUGUCCAGCUUACCAUGCAGCUGAAGCUGGAACAGAUCAUCCACUGCCUGCUGGACGAGUGCCAGAAACAGCUGUGUAACAUGCCCUCCAUGCAAGGCAGCCUGGCCAUCCUGACCCUUCUUGGCAAGUUGGUGGAUGCCAUCCCUGUCCUGGCUGACGAACUUGUAAAGGAGCAUGGUAACUUGAUAGAACAUCUGAUGAGGGGCUUGGUGUACUCCAAUGAAGGGGUGCAAGCUUCUGUCUGUUACCUCUAUGGGAAGCUCUAUUCCUCACCAGUGGCAGCUGAGUUGCUUUCGGGCCAUUUCCGGGAGAAGCUAUGCCCUCUCCUCCUUUCCACCCUGGACAGUGCCCAGACAAAGGAGCUACAGAUCAACUGCUUAGGUUUGCUGAGGCACCUGCUGAAGUAUGAUCUCUUUGUGUCCAUGAUCAUGAACAAGUUCAUGCUGGCAGGAAAUGCUGAGAGUGUCAAGGGAUCAUCAGGAGAGCUCUCACUGCCUUUGGUGCUCAAAAAGUUUCUUCUUUCUAGAGAUGAGUCCUUGCAGGUGGCCAGUACUCACUGUAUAACUUCAGUGUUGGUCCAUUCCCCAGUGAAGCAUGCCUCGGCCUUCAUCCAUGCUGACAUCCCAGAGUUCAUCUUUGAGCAUCUUUCCUCUUCCAGUGAAGUGCUCGUCUGGUCUAGCUACAACUGCCUGAUACUCCUAGUGGAAGAGCCGCUGUUCUUUUCCAAGUGCCACACAGUGUAUGGGAUCGAGGCAGUGGUGAGGAGCCUUCAGGGAAGCCUGAAGAUGACCAGCACAGAGCUGCACAAGCAGGGCCUGCUGCUCUUUGCUGAGAUCCUGACCAGGCAGCCAGAGGAGAUCCGGUUAUUCACAAGCUCAGCCAUGUGUGGAGAUGCUGCCCGUGCCCUCCAGGAGGCAGUAAGCAGCCCUGUGCUAGAGGUGGCCGCUGAGGCAGUGAAGGCUACUUCCGCUUUUCUGAGGAAGGACCAUCAGAGUGCUCCACCUGUGCAGUACACAGCACUGCGGGCCUUGUUGGAAGCCAUGCUGAGCCGGUGUACAGAGCUUUCCCAGACUCCGCUGAACAUGAGGGCUCUGGGCCAUCCCUACAGUAAAGAGUCAGAGAAGGCGAUCCUUCGAAUGGGAAAGUUCCUGCUGAGCACUCUGGAAGGGUUUAGAAAUGCCUGCAGGUUGGCUGUGGAAUUCCAGGGUGAGCCUUUGGCCCAGGAGAAUCCCUUCACAGCUCCCAGCGCCGAGAAGGAAGACACAUUAGAGGCCUUCUCAGAAUUUCUUCUUAGUGCCUGUGACUCCCUGUGUAUCCCCAUGGUGAUGAGGUACUUGGAGCAGGCCACCCACCCAGGCUUGAUGGAAAUUUUCCUCUCUAUUCUGCAUAGCCUCUUUGUCAUUGUUCCCCACAUGAAGGAGAAGUUCUCCAAGAAGCUCGCUGCUUCAUCCUUCAUACGACUAACGCUGGAGCUCAAGGCCAGAUUCUGCAGUGGCCCAAGUCACUCAGCCCUAAACCAGGCAUGUUCCAGUUUCCUCUACUACAUGUGCCUCAAUCUCCUCUCAGCUCCAGAGAAGACAGGACUGCCUUCCUCAGAAGAACUCUCUGCAGUAUCUGAGCUCCUGCAGCAGGGACUGCCCCAGAUAAGCAGCAGGGGACCCGAAAGCCUUGCCUUCCUGUCUGAUUGCCAGUAUGUGGAGGGAGCUGCUCGCCAGAGACAGUACUGCAUCCUGCUCCUCUUCUACCUGGCCUACAUUCAUGAGGACAGGUUUGUCUUGGAGUCAGAGUUAUUUGUGGCUGUGCAACGCUUCCUCCUGUCUCUUCAGGACCAGGGUGAGCGCCCCCCACCAAUGGUCUUUAGAGCCUCCAUCUAUCUGCUUGCAAUCUGCCAGGACAAGGACAGUGCACUGGAUGAGGCUGUGGUCAGUGCAAUCAGAAAAUUCCUAGAGGGCAUCUCAGACCUGCACCUGGUCUACACCCACCAUCCUCUCCUGCUCAGGUUCUUCCUGUUGUAUCCAGAACUGAUGAGUAGGUUUGGGCAUCGUGUCCUGGAACUUUGGUUCUCCUGGGAACACAGCAGCUAUGAAGAACUGGAUGAAGUCCUUUCUGCUAGACAGUUGAACCUUCCUACCAGCUUAGCAGCCUUGUUCCAGAUUCUCAGAAGCAGCCCUAGCGUCCUGCUUAUUUUGCUGGAUCUCGUCUAUUCCAGUCCAGUGGAUGUAGCCCACAAGGUACUGGUCAUCCUGAGGACCUUCUUGAGGAGAAAUGAGGAUAUCCAAGUGGGUGGUCUCAUCCGAGGCCACUUCCUGCUCAUCCUGCAGCACCUGCUGGUAGAGCAUGGGACCUCCCUGUCAGGAGCCUCAGGGAACCUGGCACUGCUCCUGAGCCUCCUCUCCUUGGUGCAGCUGAGGAACAAGUCUGAGCAAGAACUGGACAGCAUGGCCAUGAAGCUCCUUCACCAAGUAAGCAAGCUGUGUGGGAAAUGCAGUCCUGUGGAUGUGGACAUCCUGCAGCCCUCCUUCAACUUCCUGUACUGGAGCCUUCAUCAGACUACACCCAACAGUCAGAAAAGAGCUGCUGCAGUGCUCAUAAGCAACACAACCCUGAUAGAGCUUCUGGAGAAGACACUGGUGCUCACCUGGGCAGACACAGGCUCUCCUGCCUGGACAGAGGGAGGCUCUCCCAGGAGUGCAUUGCUCUGCUCUGCCUGGCUGCUCACCGCCUCCCUGUCUUCCCAGCAGCAUGAAGGUGGCUUACAGGUUCACCAGACUCUGUCCGUGGAACUGGACCAAGUAGUGAAGACCCUCAGCUUUCCGAAGAAAAGGGCUGCACUGCUGUCAGCUGCCAUCUUAUGCUUCCUGCGGACAGCCCUUCAACAAAGCUUCUCCUCUGUCUUAGUGGCCCUGGUCCCCUCAGGGACUAGUUCCACUAUCCUAGCUCCACUGGGAACAUCACAAGUGCUGCACCUGGUUGUUGGGCUGCAGAACCUCUUGGUGCAGAAGGACCCUUUAUUGUCCCAGGCCUGCGUAGGCUGCCUGGAGGCCUUGCUUGAUUUUCUGCAUGCUCGGAGCCCAGACAUCGCACUCCACGUGGCCUCGCAGCCCUGGCAUCGGUUUUUGCUGUCUACUCUCCUGGAUGCUGGAGACAGUGCCUUCCUCAGACCUGAGAUACUGAGGCUUAUGACCCUGUUUGUGCAGUAUAGGAGCAGCAGCAUCCUCUCCCGUGAAGAAGUUGGUCACCUUCUACAAGACUUGGCUUUGGCUGACCUGUCCACCCUCUCAUCUACCACACUCCAGGCCUUGCGCAGCUUCUUCCUGCAGGUCCGGAACAUGGGCCUCCUGGCUGAUCACAGUACAAUCCAGACCCUGCAGGCCUCCUUGGAAGGCCUUUCCAGCACCUCCUCAGCUGAGCCACCCCUGCAGGACAUGCUGUAUCCUUUCUUGCAUGUAGGAACUUUGGCCUGGGUAAGGUCAACCAGGCCAGGGAGGCUGAAAGAUCAUCCAAGUGGGAGGGGCUGCGGACAGGCAAGUCCUUUAGAAAGCCUGGAGCUAUAGCAGUAGUCAGAGGCCCCUGGCAGUUCUGGGGUGCUCCAGAGACACCGCUGAGUGUGGGUGGGUGCUUCCCACCCAUACCAACUGCCUCCCGGGCUCUCUUUUCUCCUUCCAUGGAACAGUUCCUUGUUCCAGAGCAGCUGCCUCACCAGGUGUUCAGGUCGCAAGUUUAGAAACCCUGCCACUAUUUUUAGGAGUGUCUCUACUCUUGUCUGAGGUUCUUGCUUUUGAGGGGCUCAGAAGUGUGAUUCCAUCAUGGUUUGCUCCUCUUUCCUGUUUUCCUCUCAUGUCUCAUUACCAGCUGCCUGGGAGGGGUGGCUGUAUCUCUGUCCCACAUCAGAGACUGAGCCUCAGGACUUGAAGGCCUAGAAACCAAGAGAUAUGAGACCUGGAGACAAAGGGCAUAGUUGCUGGGAAAAGGAUGACAAUCACAGCCAUUCCUCUGGAGCCGUUUAUUCCAAAGUACAAAUGGAAUCGCAAACUGAAAUGA